CUCGUUCUUCUAUUUUUAAAGUUGGUCGUUUUUCCUGCUGCUGCUACUGCUGCUGCAGAGUCGGAUGUGGGUGUGGGUGGGAUGAGUUCGAGUCUGGCAGCUCUUGCACGGUUGGCGUAGUGCAUUCUUUCGGUGAACCAUCAGCUCUUCGAAUUUCGAAAUCAUGUCAUAUAAAGAGUUCGUGUUUGCUCCGUACGGCGGUGGAUGCUGACACGGAGGGAAAAGUUUGCGCGGGACUUGAUAAGCGAUAGCAGUAGAAGGCAGUAGGCACGUGUUUGACGGUUCUUGUAGUGCAUCGCACAUCGUCGUCAUCGAAGUAUGCACACCACAUGUCGCGUCGUCGUCGUCUGGGCCGCCAGCCGUUCAAUGUAGCUUAUCUCGCUUCUCACGCUAGGGAACGUGAACGGCUUUGGUUGUAGGAAGUGAUAGGGCACGUCUCAAGCGUUUACUGCUGCUGGUGGCCAGUGAUACUUAUUAGGAGUGAUUAUUGACACUGGUUAUGGCUAGUGAUGGAAGGCUGGCAACGUGUUUCUUUGAUUUUGUGCAUUUUCGGUUUCCUGAAGGAGUUCCGACCGAGUGAACCGUUCGUGUUUCAGUUUCUGACCGGUCCCUGGCACAACGUGACUGUCGAACAGGUAGUGCAAGAUGUUUUCCCCAUUGGGACGUAUUCGUACGUGGCUCAGCUGGUGGUGGUGUUUUUGAUUACGGACUAUUUUCGCUACAAACCGUUGAUUAUUGUGGCCGGUUUGGCCGGUACCGUGGUAUGGUGUUUGUUCGUGUGGACCAGUUCUCUUGGGGCGCUCCAAGUUCUGGAGGUGUUCUAUGGAACUUACAUGGCUGCAGAGAUUGCUUAUUGGACGUACAUCUACGCGAAGGUUGACAGGAAGCACUAUCAGAAGGUCACCUCGCAUAUCCGGUCGGCCACUCAGGCCGGGAGAUUCCUGGCAGCAACGAUUUCACAGACGGUUAUCUACUUUGGCGUAACCGACUAUCUAGGACUGAACUACAUUUCAUUGGGAGCUCAACUCACUACAACGAUAUGGGCCUUCUUACUGCCUCCCGUCCCGGCGAGUAUGUACUUCCACCAUCGAGAACCUCCUCCGGACGAAGAGAUCGAGCUCAAAACAGAAAACUCCGUCCCCACCGCUCCCGAAACAACCUGCAGUCGAGCAACAACUCUCCUAUGGAACCACUUCAAAUCCGCCUACACAUGCUUCACCGUAGUACGAUACAGUUUGUGGUACUCUCUAGCCGUGUGCUUCUACUACCAAAUCACUUCCUACGUGCAAGCUUUAUGGUCCGAAAUCGGCGGCCCAGAUACCGUACUGUGGAAUGGAGCGGUGGAAGCCAUACUUACCCUCAUGGGAUCCAUAGUGGCCUUCCUCGCCGGGUAUGUUCCACAAAGGUUCCUCAAACUGCACACAACUAUCCUAGCGCUAUCGACGAUCGCCAUCCUGGAAGGCUUCGGAUUGCUCAUGGCUACGAAAACCACCAACCUCACCGUAUCCUACGUGGGCUACACACUGUUCGGCAUCCUGCACGCCUUCACCAUCACGCUCGUCAGCUCGGAAAUCGCCAAACACAUCUCCGAUGACAGUUUCGCGCUUAUUUUCGGCAUCAACACCAUGGUCGGAUUGGUAUCGCAAACCAUACUCACCAUCGCUGUGGUCGACAGUGACGGCUGGUUCGCGCUGGACAUCCGCGGUCAGUUCACCGUUUACAGCUUCAGUUUCGUCGCCAUUGGAGUGCUCUUCAUCGUAUUUCUCACCAUCGAGCUGUGUCGCGGUCCCACAAAGGCACCAUCAAAAUCAUCCAUCAAUAGGCAAUAGGUUCAAUUGAAAUACCCUUUCUGAAACGCUCAAAUACAAAUACGGGUCUACACCAAUAAAAAAGGACAAAAGACUGCCAAA